UCUGCUUGGCCGACACUUGAGAGGCGCCUGUCACAUGAGCCGCGCGCCCGCUCCGCUCCCCCUCCUCCCGGCUGGGCUGUGAAUGAAGCUCUGCCGGCUACGUGGGGUGCUAGCUCAGCUUGGUCCUGGACGCCAGAGCCGUCUGAGCGCUCGGCCGGCCGGCGGUCGACACGGGCUCCGCCGCCCCCGACCUCGGCGACAGAGCAAAUCAGUUUCCUGGAGUGCCAAGCGAAGUUGUCCGUGUGCCCGUGAGAUACGUCAGUGUAAGCUACCCCGAAUAAGUGAGGAAGUCGACAACCGUGGAGCAUAAAAAUCCAGUUCAGGGCGUGAGCUGCUUGCAGGAAACAAGGCCACGCAGCUGCUGUUCCAUCUACAUCCCAUUCAAGCCUCCUUAUAAAACUGGAGGAAUUUGGGAAACUGAGUGUGUGACCCCCAACGUGGGAGAGGACAGGAUCAAGAUGGCCAUGUGGCAGGGAGCCAUGGAUAACAGAGGCUUUCAGCAGGGGAGUUUCAAUAGCUUCCGGAGCAGCUCCAGUGAUGAAGACUUGAUGGACAUUCCAGGGACAGCUAUGGAUUUUUCCAUGAGAGAUGACGUUCCUCCCUUAGAUGGAGAAAUAGAAGAGGACAAGUCAUACAAUGGUGGAGGAAUAGGUUCUUCAAAUAGAAUGAUGGACUUCUUGGAGGAGCCGAUCCCUGGUGUGGGGACCUAUGAUGAUUUCAACACAAUUGACUGGGUGAGGGAGAAGUCUCGAGACCGGGAUAGGCAUCGAGAGAUUACCAAUAAAAGCAAAGAGUCGACAUGGGCCUUAAUUCACAGUGUGAGUGAUGCUUUUUCUGGCUGGUUGUUGAUGCUACUUAUUGGGCUCUUAUCAGGUUCCUUAGCUGGUUUGAUAGACAUUUCUGCUCAUUGGAUGACAGACUUGAAAGAAGGCAUAUGCACAGAAGGAUUCUGGUUUAACCAUGAGCACUGUUGCUGGAACUCCGACCAUGUCACCUUCGAAGACAGAGACAGAUGCCCAGAGUGGAACAGCUGGUCCCAGCUUAUCAUCAGCACGGAUGAGGGAGCCUUUGCCUACAUAGUCAAUUAUUUCAUGUAUGUCCUCUGGGCUCUCCUAUUUGCCUUCCUCGCCGUGUCUCUUGUCAAAGUGUUUGCACCUUAUGCCUGUGGCUCCGGAAUUCCUGAGAUAAAAACUAUCUUGAGCGGUUUUAUUAUUAGGGGCUAUUUGGGUAAGUGGACCCUGAUUAUCAAAACCAUCACAUUGGUGCUGGCCGUGUCAUCUGGCUUGAGCCUGGGCAAAGAGGGCCCCCUAGUGCACGUGGCUUGCUGCUGUGGGAACAUCCUGUGCCAUUGUUUCAACAAAUAUAGGAAGAAUGAAGCCAAGCGCAGAGAGGUCUUAUCAGCAGCAGCAGCAGCAGGCGUAUCUGUAGCCUUUGGGGCGCCUAUCGGUGGAGUGUUAUUCAGCCUAGAAGAGGUCAGCUACUAUUUCCCCCUCAAAACGCUGUGGCGCUCGUUUUUUGCUGCCUUGGUGGCAGCAUUUACCCUACGUUCCAUCAAUCCCUUUGGCAACAGCCGCCUGGUUCUAUUUUAUGUGGAGUUUCACACUCCCUGGCAUCUCUUUGAGCUUGUGCCCUUCAUUCUGCUGGGCAUAUUUGGUGGUCUGUGGGGAGCUUUGUUUAUCCGCACCAACAUUGCCUGGUGUCGGAAGCGUAAGACCACUCAGCUGGGGAAGUAUCCUGUCGUAGAGGUACUCGUUGUGACAGCCAUCACUGCCAUCCUGGCUUUCCCCAAUGAAUACACCCGCAUGAGCACAAGUGAGCUCAUUUCUGAGCUAUUCAAUGACUGUGGACUUCUGGACUCCUCCAAGCUCUGUGAUUAUGAGAACCGUUUCAACACAAGCAAGGGGGGUGAGCUGCCCGACAGACCAGCUGGUGUGGGAGUCUACAGUGCCAUGUGGCAGCUGGCCUUGACACUCAUACUGAAAAUUGUCAUCACUAUAUUCACCUUUGGCAUGAAGAUCCCUUCUGGCCUGUUUAUCCCCAGCAUGGCUGUUGGUGCUAUAGCGGGUCGACUUUUGGGAGUGGGAAUGGAGCAGCUGGCUUAUUACCACCACGACUGGGCCAUCUUCAAUAGCUGGUGUAGUCAGGGAGCGGAUUGUAUCACCCCUGGCCUUUAUGCGAUGGUUGGGGCUGCAGCCUGCUUAGGUGGGGUGACGCGGAUGACCGUUUCUCUCGUUGUCAUAAUGUUUGAACUAACUGGGGGCUUGGAGUACAUUGUGCCUCUGAUGGCUGCAGCCAUGACAAGCAAGUGGGUGGCAGACGCUCUUGGGCGGGAAGGCAUCUAUGAUGCCCACAUUCGUCUCAACGGUUACCCCUUUCUUGAAGCCAAAGAAGAGUUUGCCCAUAAGACCCUGGCAAUGGAUGUGAUGAAACCCCGGAGAAAUGAUCCUUUAUUGACUGUCCUUACUCAGGACAGUAUGACUGUGGAAGAUGUAGAGACUAUCAUCAGUGAAACCACUUACAGUGGCUUCCCAGUGGUGGUGUCCCGGGAGUCCCAAAGACUUGUGGGUUUUGUUCUCCGAAGGGAUCUCAUUAUUUCAAUUGAAAAUGCACGGAAGAAACAGGAUGGGGUUGUGAGCACGUCCAUCAUUUAUUUCACCGAGCAUUCUCCUCCCAUGCCGCCCUACACCCCGCCCACCUUGAAACUCCGGAACAUCCUGGAUCUCAGCCCCUUCACUGUGACUGACCUCACCCCCAUGGAGAUUGUCGUGGACAUCUUCCGCAAGCUGGGACUGCGGCAGUGCCUGGUUACGCACAAUGGGCGGUUGCUCGGAAUCAUUACCAAAAAGGAUGUGUUAAAGCAUAUAGCACAGAUGGCGAACCAAGAUCCUGACUCCAUUCUCUUCAACUAGAAUCACAGGGUUGUGCUGGAUAUAAAACAGGAAGGACAUUGCAGACCAUGGAUGUAUUUUGUUAACUGGGUACCCAAAACACAUUUCCCGUAUUUGGAGGGUGAAGUUAUAUUAUUAGUGUGUUGUCCCUUUCCUCUAAGUUAACCAGUUGCACUACAUAAUCUCUGGAAUUUAAUCUUCUCUUUAUGAGAAAAUACAGUUAGGCAUCUGUGAUAUUGCAUUAGGAAGAUUUUAUGAAAGAGUCAAUGAGAUUGCUCUGGUUUCAUUCUUUUUAAUUUUUUUAAAAUUUAAAACAUAAUUGUUAGCCAAUAUGCAAUCACUGAAAACUAUGCAAGAAAAAUUCCAGCCGUCCUGACCUAUAGCCUGCAGGAAACUCAUGAAAAAGUCACUUUUUUUGGACUCUGUCGUUGGUGGAAGAUGAAGUGUAAGCUAAGGGGCUUUGCUUUUCCAACCACAGAAAGGAAAGCCAGAAGGAAAAUAGUAAUGGUGUUUUCCAGACUGUGAAAAUUCAGUUCAAAUGUUAUCUUGUUCCUGUUACAAUACUUAGCAUUAUUAGUUUGUG